CUGCCGCCAGCGUCUCAGAGGGAACCACAGUCUCCGGCACGACUUCCAAUGAAACUGAGCCCACGACCACCGCCAGCGUCUCAGAGGGAACCACAGUCUCCGGCACGACUUCCAAUGAAACUGAGCCCACGACCACCGCCAGCGUCUCAGAGGGAACCACAGUCUCCGGCACAACUUCCAAUGAAACUACUUCAGAACAGGCAAGUGAAUCUACAGGAACACACCCAACCAAUGUAAGUGUUUCAGAGGGAACCACAUUCUCCAAAAUGCCUUCUAAUGAAACUACAACGAAGGAAGAAUUGCAAAGUGGAUUAUCUACGACAUCCUCGGCAAAUGUGAGUCAUUUUUUAGAGUCAACUUUGCCUCCUACAACAUUUAAUGAAACUAUUUCAACUAACGAAAGCACAUCCACACAAGAAAUGACAACUGGAACUGAACUACCAAAGGUCACAGAAAACGAACCUCCCUUCCCAGUAUUCCCUGUCAAUAAUACAACUGUCUCAGAGACUUCGUCAACUGCUGCUACCUCGCCAGAGACCACUAAAUCUUCAGAGGAAUGGACAAGACCACCCACUUCUGUAAGUCCUCCAGAAGUAUCUUCAACUCUAAUAACCUCCAAUACAACACAGGGCGUAGAAUCACCUACAACUGCGUCACUUGGAACAACCACUGUGAGCACAAAUUGCACAGAGUUGUCAGAGAAGGAAAAGGAAGCCUUGACACAACUUCAUCUGAAUAUGUCAUCGAUUCUAGCAAAAAUAAAGGACAUGCAGACAGAAAUUGAGAAGUGCAUGCACAAUGCGACCUCCAUUCAACGCGUUUUAGAGCUGUCUUCAAUCCUCCAAAAUUUGAUUUCAAAGUAUCAGGAGAUACUCAAGAGCCUCGAGGCAUAUCAGAAUCCUAAAGACCGAUAUCGAGGGAUGAAUUUCAUUCGGUCAGCCUUGAAGAUCGAACUGAGGAACGGAACUCCUAAUCCGAGAAGUCAAUGCACAGACGAGAAGACCCCUAUCAGCCUCCUGAGGUCCAUCACAGACUUGCGUGACCUGCUCACAAAACUCAAGAAUGUCCCUGAGGACGAAGACAUGCAGAAUCAAGUCAUCUGUGCCACCAAGAGAAUUGCAAACGUCUUGACAACGAUCGCAAAGACUGGCGAUACGCCAACGGAGAAGGACUCCUCAAAAACGGUCAAGCUCCUGAAGGAGAUCGAGCAGUUCGCCCUCAGGAGCGUCGAGACUGCUGCUACACAGAGAGAGUCGGCCAACAGAGUCAAAGAGGAGGAGCUUCGAAAACAACUGGUGGUCCUCAACAGCGAGAAGAAGGAAUUGCAAGACGAGAUCGACGAAGUCGAGGCCAGUUUGAGGCAAGAUGAAGAACCGCGUUAAAUGAUGUCUUAGUACAUAUAUAUAAUUUUCAU